AUGUGUGUAUUUGCAUAUAUGUUCCUCUGUCUAUUAUCCAUUACCACAAUAUGUGGAAACCUUCUUGUGACAAUCUCUGUUAUUUAUUUCAGACAGCUUCACAGCCCCACUAACUAUCUCAUCUUUUCUCUGGCUAUAGCUGACUUGCUUGUGGGAGUAUUAGUCUUUCCUUUGAGCAUGAUAUUUACUGUUACCUCGUGUCUUUAUCAUCAACAUGUAUUUUGUAAAAUUAGAGACUGCUUAGAUGUAACUCUUUGCACAUCUUCUAUUCUGAAUUUAUGUUGUAUUUCCAUCGACAGGUAUUAUGCAGUGUGUGAGCCUUUGACAUAUAGAACUAAAAUAAGUGUUCAUGUUACUAUGCUCAUGAUUGCAAUGAGCUGGUUUAUUUCUGCCCUGAUUGGAAUUUGUAUUAUAAUUGCAGGAUUCAGCCAAGGAACAUGUGAGGAAAUGUGUUCCAUUAAAAUUUUAAUAGCAAACACUAUGGGGCCUGUUUUAUCGUUUUACCUUCCAGCCUUCAUAAUGCUCUGUAUCUACCUGAAGAUAUUUAUUGUUGCUCAGAAACAAGUGAAUAGCAUCCAGAGUGUGACCUGCCAAAGUAAAAGGUCUGGAGCAACUGUCAGUAAGAUGGAGAGAAAGGCAACUAUAACUCUGGCUAUUGUUAUGGGAGUUUUUCUCCUAUGUUUAACUCCUUACUUUCUUUGUGUCAUAUUUCAGCCUUUGUCUCGUAAUCCCCCUCCAGUCCUUGUGAUUGAAACACUUAAUUGGCUCACAUUGUCAAAUUCAAUGCUGAAUCCUUUUAUAUAUGCUUUCUUUUACAGUUGGUUCAGAUCAGCUUUCAAAAUGAUAAUUUCUGGAAAAAUAUUUCAAGGAGAUUGUGCUAACUCAAAAUUGUAA